CCGCCGCCGGGCCGAGGUUUGCUUCGAGGAGGGCUGCAGCGAGCGGCAGCAUGUCGGCCGGGCCGGGCCCCCUGUCCCCGCCCGCGCCCAGCCCCGCCGUGGCCUUCCCGGCGCCCAGGAUCACCCUGCCCGUGGGCACCCCCAUCCUCAGGACCUAUUCGGGCGCCUUCGUCUGCCUGGAGAUCCUAUUUGGAGGGCUCGUCUGGAUUCUGGUAGCUUCCUCCAACGUUCCUCUCCCUCUGCUCCAAGGAUGGGUGAUGUUUGUGGCAGUGACGUCCUUCUUCUUUUCCCUUCUCUUCCUGGGCUUGUUUCUCUCGGGCAUGGUGACUCGAAUUGAUGCCAACUGGAACUUCCUGGAUUUUGCUUAUCAUUUUAUUGUAUUUGUCUUUUAUUUUGGAGCCUUUUUAUUGGAGGCUGCAGCUACAUCUCUGCAUAAUUUGCAAUGCAAUGCCACUCAGAGCCCUCUGGAUCCUAACCAGUAUAAUGUCAAUGUAGCUGCUUCGAUCUUUGCCUUUGUGACAACGGUGUGUUAUGGUUGCAGCUUGGGUCUGGCUCUCCGAAGAUGGCGGCCGUAACUCCCCCCCACCCCCCACCCC